GUUUGCCAUUGGUUAAUAUCAAUCCUGGCGGGCUAGCUGAAGUUAAAGUUGGAGAAACUAUAUCUUUGGAAUGUGUGGCCGAAGGUGAUCCUAUGCCAUCGCUGCACUGGGAAAGAAUGGGAAAACGCACAAUGCCCGAAACCGUGGAAAUCAUUCCUGAUGAAAGCAACACUGGAAGUGUGGUAUUCCGUAUAAUGCAUGCGUCCAUGGAUGAUGCCGGCACUUAUGUGUGCAAAGCUUCUAGUCCUGCAGGCCAAGUAGAGGAGAGGAUAGUGUUGAAUGUUAUUGAAGACAUCGAGUUUGGACCACCAGAGAUACGAAUCGUACCAGAGGCAUUAACGCUAGUUGAAGGUGACUUUGCCCAGAUUACAUGCGACUCACCAGGUAAUAUACUAGAUUUUACCGUUACUUGGCGUCGUGACGGUCAAGAACUACCUCCUCAGCAUUCAGUGGAGAAUGGUGUACUUUUUAUACCAUCAGUCAGCUCUGAUGAUGAAGGACGUUAUUAUUGUGUCGCUUCCAACGUGUUUGGUACUUCACGAGUAGCAACUACUGUAGUUGUCCAAAGCCGUCCACGAGUCACAACAUCUCCGUCCAGUGUAACCGUCCAACCAGGUCAGAUUGUGAAAGUGCAGUGUAUCGUAGAAGGUGGUACAUCACCCAUCACAAUUGAAUGGGAUAGGGUUGGUGGUCAGUUACCUCUAACUGCAUCGGACUCGCAUGGUGUUCUUCAGAUUGCAGCAGCCAGCCCCAUAGAUGCCGGCAACUACAAGUGUAUCGCUAGCAAUGCUGCUGGUACAGUGGAAGCUGUAGCCUCCAUCUACGUUGAAGUUUCCCCAACUGUGCAAGUGACACCACCUAAGGAGACCAAAGCAGUCGGCAGUUCUGUGGAGUUUCUUUGCAGUGCUACUGGUAACCCACCAGCUAAAGUUGAGUGGAGUAAAGAAGGUGGUAGACUACCCAACAGACACGCAGUACAAAAUGGUGUACUCAGAAUUGAUAAUCUGCAAAAAGAAGAUGCUGGUCGGUAUCAGUGCACAGCGACUAACUCACUUGGUUAUGCAGACGGCUAUGCUGCUUUGUCAAUACAAGCGCUACCCAAAGUUCAGAUCAAUAUACGCACUAGGAUACAGACGGUACCAAUUAACGAGGCUGUGACGUUUGAUUGCCAAGCAACUGGCGAACCCAAACCCAUAGUUCGGUGGAGCAAGUUAGAUGGAGACUUACCAUCCAGCGUUAUCAUAACAGGGGGUGUUUUAAAAAUACGCAACGUAAGGACGAGCGAUGCUGGUACUUAUAAAUGUACGGCGACUAAUGUUGCCGGGAGCGUCAAUUCACAGGUUGUUCUCUAUGUACAAGCUGCGCCACAAGUAACGGUUACACCCGAGGUCCGGACUACAGCAGUUGGAUCAUCUGCCCGAUUUACUUGUCUAGCUACUGGGUUACCAGCACCGGAUAUUUACUGGUACAAAAUAGCUGGAGAUCUACCUCUCAAUCAUAGAGUAGAACAUGGGGUGUUGCACAUUCCUCAGGUUGCUAGGGGCGAUGCUGGAUCAUAUGUCUGCAGGGCUUCUAACAGACAAGGUCAUGUUGAGUUCACAGCAAGGCUUAACGUUGGAGGUAUGACAUUUAAGAUGAUGUACUAUCAAAUGAUUCAUCAUUGA